CUCAGAGCUCCAUGAAUAAGGACCCAUCAUUUGACUGUAAUGUCCACAUCUGAUAAAUGGAGGUACUGAUCUUAUCUUGCAGGGCUGCCCCAAUGAUCUUGCCCCAGGACAGUGCCUCACACAUACAAGGGGAUAAAAACAUGAUAUUUUCUUCCAGCUGAGCAUAAUCAAGCCAGUCCAUGUCUUGCAGUUGGUACUCAGACCUCUCCCAGACUGACCAGCCCCUGUGCUGGCAAAGCCCUGGGGGCUGUGUGCUUUUGGAGAAAUGGCAAGGCUGGGAGUCUCAUGUCUGUCCCUCUCUCGGUGUGACCCCAGAUGAGCUCCUUGGCCCCUGCAUGUCCUGGUUUCCUGGGAGAGGCAGUGUCCCUGGUGGAUGCAUACACUCUGGAACCAGACUGCCUUCUUUUGUAUUCUGACUUUGCAGCUGACCUUGAACAAGGUAUCGUCCUCUCUGGUCCUCAGUUUCCUUGUCUCAUCUGUAAGAUGCAGAUGCUAAAGCACCAAAGUCAGAGGGAUAUGGUAAGUGCUCAGUGAAGCUCCCAGUAAAUCUCAGCCAUCAUUAACCUAUUAAAAGGGACAGUGAAUCUCCAACUCCAGAGCAUCUCUGGUGUAGAAUUAAAGAAUAUAAGUGAGAGCGCAGGUACAAGUGUCAUAGACAUGGAGCGCUGUAAUGUUAACCUCUUACCUUCAUAUGCUCCUAUAGACAUAUAUAGGCAUAGGCACCCCAUACAGCUAGGGCCAUGCAACAUGUACACCCCAAAGCUGACCUCACCCCUGCCUACCCCAUCCAAGGAAUGGCAAGCACGAGGCUCUGCUGUUGUCCUCCUGAGCAAGAGCCAAGGCCCUGGCCUCUCCAUCUAGGUGUGUGUAGAUGAUGUGGGAGCACCAGUUCUCUAUGUCUUGUCUGAGCUUCCUUCAUAUCCCAUGAGGCUGUGUACUUCCUUCCCAGCACCUGUCUUGGGCUUGGACUCAAAGGACCCCUUCUGAGGACAGGGCAUAGAGUUGGCUGGUCUGGAGAGGACUCAGCCCGGCCAGUAGGUAGUUGCUCCCUGCUGAGGGGCUCUGGCUAGGCUAUGGGCCUGUGGCUGGAGGAGUGGCCUCAGAGGGGUUUAGUCUAUGAAUGUAGAUGGGCUCCAGGGAAGGAGAGUCACUGACCAUCUUCUUUCCAUGCCCUGUGUUGAGCUUCCCUGAGUUUGUGGCAUGAGCUCAACCUUUGGUAACUAGACUUCCUGCUCUCUGGCAGACCCUGCAAGCUUGUUACAGGGCCUGUCCAUGCAUCAGCUGUAUGUGUGCAUGCUGCUCUGCCGGGUGCCUCCCAGUUAGCCUUGCCCCUGACUUUUCCUGCUCAUCUCACAUCCCUACCUCAAGGUCUCCAAAUGAAUCCAGACCACUGCCUAGAGCCUGCUGCAGGGCCAGUAGGAAUAUGGCCCUCAUGCCAAAAGUCUUCUUUCCCUAUGGCUCGAGCGCAAGGGGCCCAUGGACGGGCAAGGGGGGAAUGAGACAAGGCAGCAGUGGUCACUCUCCCUUGCUGGUGAGGCUGAUGUGUUGGGAAAGCCAGACUUGACUUCUGUCCUCACUGUAAACAGAAAGCUUCUGCAGUGGACUCUAAAGUGGGAGGUGUGUAACCCCUUUGCAUAUGAGAUAGUCUUUUGGAGUGUGGGAGAACAUAACCUAACUUCCAGUUAUAUUUAUUGUUAUUGCAAAAGAUUAACAAAUUAUCAUUCAUUCAUAUUGAAUGUGUGAAUUGGCCCUAUCUCCCACCUGAGUCUGCAGUCACGACAGAUGGAGCCUUUGAGGUGUCCUAAGGGAAGAUGGGGAUCACCUCACAAUGCUAUAGGUGAAGACGGGGGUGCCAACCCUGCCCUUUGUUUUGGCAUUUUUAUUUCCAUACUUUGUGGUUUGUAUGUGCCCAGUUAAACGGAUGUACAGAUUAGAUAAUCUGGCUUUAACUCCAACCUUCAUGAGAUGCACACAUGCCUUAAAAAGAUUCCUACAAAGAAACUAGAAUUAGGAGAUAAUUCUGACAACACAAAAACAAAUGAACAAAAAUCAAACGCCUGACCUGACACGUCCACUAGGCUUGGUAUGAGCUUGGUCAACUAAAACAUGAGACAGAAUGAAUGACCAUCUGGUCAGGUUGGAUAAGAAGUAACUUUUGGCAAAAUCUCUGAAGUCUGGAUUUACACUUCGUGGAAGGAAUCUUGACCUUUCCCCAAGUAUAUUAUGCCUUGAGAUAAUAAUCCUAUAUAAGGCCGCAUAAGCAAAAUGACAUUUGAAAACGAGUUUCAUCUUUAGCUCAUCCUUUUACAAAUUUCUAUUCCUUGUGCAUGAUUGAAGUGUACACAUUUUUUUAGUUAAAAUAUAAGCAUACAGAAGGCACAAGUUCAAUAUUUUUCCUGAUAAGGAUGUGCAAUUAAACCAGUUAGGAGACUCAUCUACUAGAGGGGGACAUGGUGGCCCCAGGCUGUAAGAACAGGCCACACCCUCCACUGGGCCGCUUGCUUUGUGCUAAGAUGGCACUUUGUUCUGAGCCUCACAGUGUCUUGACCAUGUUCUUAUCGGAGGGAGUUCAUCUUCCCCUAUGACUCUGUCCCUAGUCUAAGGUGUCCCACAGGAAGCUUGAGGGCAGGAAGUUUUCCAGCCCAGGAGCCCGAGCUCAGCGGGGCAGGAAGAGGGAGCAGCUCCUCCACGGGGGACCUUUGAGAGCCCAGGAGCAGGAUAUCGAGGGACACCUGGUGGGGAGCAAAAGGUGCUGAGUCUGUCUUUGACCUUGAGCCCAGCUUGUUUGUCCUGCAUCCUCUCCCAAAAGGGGUUUUGCCUGUCAUUCUCCAGUUCUACUGUGGGGUCUGGGCGCAGUUCUUUGCCCUCUCCAGCCUCGGAGUCUUCCUCUGUGGACUGUGCAGAUAGGACUGGUGGCACGGACCAGCUCGGCAGCCCUGGAGUCAGGAGCAGAGCCACCCAGCUCCCAGCCCGCCGUAGCCGCUCCUGGCACCGAGCGAGCCGCGAUGACAAUGGCUGCAUUGUGCUUCAUGUCCCUUCCCAUCAGCAUUUCUGUGCUGGACUCCUUCCACUCGCGGGUCGUCUCCAGAGCUCAGAAAAUGAGGUGAUCAGUGGGACGAGUAAGGAAGGGGGGUUGGGAGAGGGGCGAUUGGGCAAUCGGGCUGCACAAACACGGGAGGUCAAAGAUUGCGCCAGCCGGCCCAGGCCGGGAAUAAAGGGACGCGGGGCGUGGGAGGCUGCACAGAAGCGAGUCGGACUGUGCUCGCUGCUCAGCGCCGCACCCGGAGGAUGAGGCUCGCCGUGGGAGCCCUGCUGGCCUGCGCCGUCUUGGGGCUGUGUCUGGCUGUCCCUGAUAAAACUGUGAGAUGGUGUGCAGUGUCGGAGCAUGAGGCCACUAAGUGCCAGAGUUUCCGCGACCAUAUGAAAAGCGUCCUUCCAUCCAAUGGUCCCAGUGUUGCUUGUGUGAAGAAAACCUCCUACCUUGAUUGCAUCAGGGCCAUUGCGGCAAACGAAGCGGACGCUGUGACGUUGGAUGCAGGUUUGGUGUAUGAUGCUUACCUGGCUCCUAAUAACCUGAAGCCUGUGGUAGCAGAGUUCUAUGGGUCAAAAGAGGAUCCACAGACUUUCUAUUAUGCUGUUGCUGUGGUGAAGAAGGAUAGUGGCUUCCAGAUGAACCAGCUUCGAGGCAAGAAGUCCUGCCACACAGGCCUAGGCAGGUCCGCUGGGUGGAACAUCCCCAUAGGCUUACUUUACUGUGACUUACCUGAGCCACGUAAACCUCUUGAGAAAGCAGUGGCCAAUUUCUUCUCGGGCAGCUGUGUCCCUUGUGCAGAUGGGACGGACUUCCCCCAGCUGUGUCAACUGUGUCCAGAGUGUGGCUGCUCCACCCUUAACCAAUACUUCGGCUACUCAGGAGCCUUCAAGUGUCUGAAGGAUGGUGCUGGGGAUGUGGCCUUUGUCAAGCACUCGACUAUAUUUGAGAACUUGGCAAACAAGGCUGACAGGGACCAGUAUGAGCUGCUUUGCCUGGACAACACCCGGAAGCCGGUAGAUGAAUACAGGGACUGCCACUUGGCCCAGGUCCCUUCUCACACCGUCGUGGCCCGAAGUAUGGGUGGCAAGGAGGACUUGAUCUGGGAGCUUCUCAACCAGGCCCAGGAACAUUUUGGCAAAGACAAAUCAAAAGAAUUCCAACUAUUCGGCUCUCCUCAUGGGAAGGACCUGCUGUUUAAGGACUCUGCCCAUGGGUUUUUAAAAGUCCCCCCCAGGAUGGAUGCCAAGAUGUACCUGGGCUAUGAGUAUGUCACUGCCAUCCGGAAUCUACGGGAAGGCACAUGCCCAGAAGCCCCAACAGAUCAAUGCAAGCCUGUGAAGUGGUGUGCCCUGAGCCACCACGAGAGGCUCAAGUGUGAUGAGUGGAGUGUUAACAGUGAAGGGAAAAUAGAGUGUGUAUCAGCAGAGACCACCGAAGACUGCAUCGCCAAGAUCAUGAAUGGAGAAGCUGAUGCCAUGAGCUUGGAUGGAGGGUUUGUCUACAUAGCGGGCAAGUGUGGUCUGGUGCCUGUCUUGGCAGAAAACUACAAUAAAAACAGCCCUGAUUGUGAGAAUACACCAGAGGCAGGGUAUUUUGCUGUAGCAGUGGUGAAAUCAGCUUCUGACCUCACCUGGGACAAUCUGAAAGGCAAGAAGUCCUGCCAUACGGCAGUUGGCAGAACCGCUGGCUGGAACAUCCCCAUGGGCCUGCUCUACAAUAAGAUCAACCACUGCAGAUUUGAUGAAUUUUUCAGUGAAGGUUGUGCCCCUGGGUCUGAGAAAGACUCCAGUCUCUGUAAGCUGUGUAUGGGCUCAGGCCCAAACCUGUGUGAACCCAACAACAAAGAGGGAUACUACGGCUACACAGGGGCUUUCAGGUGUCUGGUUGAGAAGGGAGAUGUGGCCUUUGUGAAACACCAGACUGUCCUACAGAACACUGAGGGAAAUAACUCUGAUCCGUGGGCUAAGAAUCUGAAGAAAGAAGACUAUAAGUUGCUGUGCCUCGAUGGUUCCAGGGAAUCUGUGUUGGAGUUUGAGAAAUGCCACCUGGCCAGAGCCCCGAAUCAUGCUGUGGUCACACGUAAAGAUAAGGAAGAUUGUGUCCGCAAGGUGUUACUUAACCAGCAGCGCAUAUUUGGAAGCAAUGUAACUGACUGCUCGGGCAACUUUUGUUUGUUCCGGUCCGAAACCAAGGACCUUCUGUUCAGAGAUGACACAGUAUGUUUGGCCCAACUUCAUGACAGAAACACAUAUGAAAAAUACUUAGGAGAAGAAUAUGUCAAGGCUGUUGGUAACCUGAGAAAAUGCUCCACCUCACCACUCCUGGAAGCCUGCACUUUCCGUGGACCUUAAAAUCUCAGAGGUAGGGCUGCCACCAAGGUGAAGAUGGGAGCGCAGAUGAUCCAUGAGUUUGCCCUGGUUUCACUGGCCCAGGUGGUUUGUGCUAACCACGUCUGUCUUCACAGCUCUGUGUUGCCAUGUGUGCUAAACAAAAAAUAAAAAUUAUUAUUGAUUUUA